GUCUAAAUGUUCUUCAAUGUUGAGAUGCAUCCACACAAUUCACACAGCCCACAUGUGUUUUAAUCGCGUCAAUACAAAGUUUAUUCCUCGUCUUUAAUUGUUUAUUUAGCUUUAUAUUAAAAAAGUGUUAUUUUUAUUUUUGAUUCUUCAUUCAGCUUUAAGCCAAACAAGCUGAGAAAAUGAGCGAUGAAUUGACUAAGGAGCAAACUGCAUUACUACGUAAUGCAUUUAAUGCUUUUGACCCCGAAAAAAAUGGAUAUAUCAACACAGCCAUGGUGGGUACGAUACUUAGCAUGUUGGGUCAUCAACUUGAUGAUGCAACUCUUGCUGACAUUAUCGCUGAAGUCGAUGAGGAUGGUUCAGGUCAAAUUGAAUUUGAAGAAUUUACCACACUGGCCGCCCGCUUUCUUGUUGAAGAGGACGCCGAAGCCAUGAUGGCUGAAUUAAAGGAAGCUUUUCGCCUUUACGACAAAGAAGGAAAUGGAUAUAUAACAACUGGUGUUCUUCGUGAAAUUCUGCGCGAACUAGAUGAUAAAUUGACAAAUGACGAUCUGGACAUGAUGAUUGAGGAAAUCGAUUCCGAUGGAUCGGGUACUGUUGAUUUUGAUGAAUUUAUGGAAGUAAUGACUGGUGGCGAUGAUUAAAGCCGUAUUAAAAAAGUACAUCGAAAUAAGUAUUUCAGCUUAAACAAAAUUUUCUAUGCAAUCAAAAUUGUAAAACAUGAGAAAACAUUAAAUUAAUUUUUGUAAAGUUAAAAAGUAAAUUGAUCGAAUGAAAACGUAA